UAUUUGUUGUUGCUCUACAGACUGGAGGAGUGGAGCGUGUGUGUGUGAGACGGGGUUUGCGCCGCCUGGUCAGCAGAGCACGGAAAUUCACUUUUGCCGUUUUGUUUCGCCUUUUGGUUAAUUCUGGCGGUGCGAACGGGAGUGAUGUCGGUAAAUAUGGACGAACUCCGGCACCAGGUGAUGAUCAACCAGUUUGUUUUGACCGCUGGCUGCGCCGCCGACCAAGCGAAACAACUACUCCAAGCGGCGCACUGGCAGUUCGAGACUGCUCUGAGUUCGUUCUUCCAAGAAGUCAACAUCCCAGGUCAUACCCACCAGAUGAUGUGCACGCCCCGCAACACGCCGGCCACGCCCCCCAGCUUCCCAGACGCCAUCGCCAUGUUCUCCCAGCUACGUGCGACAGAUUCCCCGACUUCCGCAGCCUGUUCCUUGCCUGGCCCUGCCUCGCCACAUCCCUGUCCACAUCACCACGCCCCAGUGUGGCCGCCUGCUGCUCAGGCCGGGCCUGUCCAGCAAACACACACCUUACCCGCUCUGCACAGCCAGAGAUGAGACCCGCAUUGGAGGGGGCGGAGCUAAGCGCGGGGAGGGGGGGGGCUGUGGGUGUGGUCAUACUGACUUGGGAAUGGAUACUACUGUCAUUUUAUUUUGAUUUUUUUAAAAGAAAAUCCUUUUGGAAAUACUACUGUUCUCUCUUCAUUCCUGUUAAGCACAGCAAGCAAGCUGGAAAAGAGCAAGGAAUUGUGGGAAGGGGGAAAGAGGGAAGCGUCCCUAACUGAGACAGGAUGGAGCGACGUGGAGCCUGAACACGCUCAGUUCAUUCAGGCUUACAGCCGGACCCCAUUCAGUGUUUGGCCAAGACUGAUAUCACAACCAACACAAGCCUGAAAGAUACAGACAGUGGUUUGCUGUGGUUCCACCUUCCCAAGAUGGUCACUAGGGGGCAGAGUGAACGGCUCUCCAGACCAGCCUAGUCGACAACAGUUCUUGUGGAGAGUCUCAAGAAAAGGACGCAACUCCACUAACAGCCAGCAUCAGAAUGAUUUUCUUUUUUUUUUUUUACAAAGGUGAAGGUGAAAGCAUCGAAAUCAGAGGAAAGAGACUUUGACUCAUUUUCUACAGGUUUUUAGUACUUAGAUGUGAAUCCAUUUGGUCCGCAGUUGAAAUAAAGGCUCCACUUCCCUUA